AUGUCUGCCGCCGCCGUCGGCCGCCCGCCUGCCCCGCGCAGGUCCACCUCCGUCUCUUCUGGUUCCACUCAUUCUCCCUCGUCCUCCAUCUCAAAGGGCGCUACCGCGCGCGCCGCGGCUAGUCCGCGUGUACCAUCCAAUCUCUCCCCAGCAUCGCGCCGAGGCUCUAUAAAGUCGUCAUCGCCCCCUGCAAUAACCGGCGAGACUCGCGAAUCACUGGCUCUCGCAUUGCGCCAUGAGACGGACGCUAAAGAGCAGCUUUUGGUCCAGUUGCAGGAUAAGGAGCAGAUAAUCACGUCUCUCACUCAGGAGAACGACCACAUGUCCUCUGCGCUCAAUGCGGCCGAGUCCCGUCUAUCCGAGCUUUACGCAGAGCAGAACCGGAUGGAAGAGGAAAUGUCUGCACGCAUCGAGGUCGCCGAGAAGCUUCGUCAGCAAGUCCGGGAACUUGAGAAGGAGAAACGCGAUCUCACACGGCGGUAUAACGAGCAGACCUCCACAUUCGAGGCCGAGCGCCAGACGUUUUACGAUAACGAGACACAUCUCAAGUCGCGUAUACAGUCUCUUAUGCAGGCUCGGAAGAACCAGCCACCACCCACACCAACUUCGCCUUCACUGGUAGAUGUCACCGAUACCGAGGACGAGGCCGACGAGGAGCAGCAGGCUCCCGAAGUGACUUCCGCCGCGGCGAAAGAGGACGAAGACUCGGAACCUGCGGAGAUGACGUCUCUACGUAUGGAACUCUCCACCCUUGAGAGUUCUUACGCUUCCAUGCAAAAUACCGUGUCGCUCCUCCAGCAUCAGCUCAGUGAUCUUAAGCGCGUCAACAGGACGUUGCAAGAGGAUAACGAGAGCUACAUGAUCUUGCUCCGCGAGAAGACACUGAGCGGACAGUUCAAUGUCAUGCGCAUGGGCAAUGCGUCCGAAGACAGCGAGAGCUCGAGCGACCUCGACACAGAGGAACGCGACGAGGAUGGCGACCGAUCAAGCAUGCGCAGUGGUUCCCGGAGCUACCUCGGCACCGUCAGCGAACAUCCCGACGAGAGGGACGAGACCCUCGAUCCGGACUACGACAACCAGCUCAGCGAGGAUGGUGAGCGUUUGGGCGAGGCAGAGGGUUCGGAGUCUGCUCUCGGAGGCUCUCGUACGCGGCACAGUCGGCGGCCCGUCAGCUCUACGCACUCGCCGAAGCAACGCGGCGAAUCACUGGCCAAUUUGCCCAUCAGUGGCCCCGGUCUCGAUCUUGCCGCUGAGCUCGGUCGCGCGGAGAACAAGGAUGUGCUCGAGAACCCUAUCGAUCCUCCGCCCUCUGCUCGCCAGAAGAAGGGCAGGAAGAGCACUGGAGAGGGACGCGGGGGUAUGGAACCCAGCGAUUCGGCAAACGAUAUCCAUGCUAUGCGCUCCAGGGUCAAGAUGCUCGAAGAUGCGAACAAGGCGUUGUCUCUAUACGCGUCCAAGAUCAUCGACCGUAUCAUCGCGCAGGAAGGGUUCGAGCACGUCCUUGCCGUCGAUUACGAGGCAAACAAGUCGCCGGGCACGCCAGCUUUCGCACCUCCGCCACCUUCCAAGGAGGAGAAGCACAGGCGCCGCGCUACUAUGUUUGCUGGCUCGUCGAACUCCCAGAUGCCGACCUCACCUCAGCCCGAGAGGCUCACCACCUUCGAGUCCAUCAUGUCUCCCAAGCCGAUGCCGCCGCCCACGACUGCACCAGCUAACAAACGUCGGUCACUCUCGUUCGACUGGCGGGGCUUCUCGCUGUUUGGCGGCGACAAAAAGCCUGAGGGUGGCCCACCAUCUCGUUCGCCGGCGCUUAAUACCAAUGUCCGGAAUGUUUCUGGUCCAUCAACGGCCCGCAAACUGGAUACCGAAGAAGACGAGGAGGAUCGCAAAGAGCGGGAGCGUCUCCAUGCGACGAUGAAGCUUAUGGGUAUCGAUAAGCCCAUGCCUCCACCUAUGGUGAAGUCGCAUACCGCACCGGAUUCGACGAACAUCACACCGGCAACGCCCACCGACCCGAGCUCCACGGUUUCAAGCCCACCAUCACGCUUCUCGUUCUUCCGUCGACCCGCCGUCACUUCUGAGACCUCAUCCAUCCGCUCUACGCCGUCGACAUCGGACGAACCUGUAGUACUCACACAUGACGCCCUCGUCCAAUCGGAGGCCGAAAGUGCUCUGGCUGCUCUCGACGUGCAUGAGCGCCAAUUGAGUGUAGAGCUCGCCAAGGGCGGCAGCAGUGGCUUCACCGAGAUCCAGCGCAAGUCACGCCGUGGACGUGCCAGUGGCGGCGGAAGCGGCAGCGGCAGCACGGUGUGGAGCGCAGGGAUGAGCCACCAAGGGGAGCACGGCGACGAGUGA